CCAGAAUGAUCCAGAAAAAAAGAUCUUCAACACCACGUUGUGUUUAACUCACGUUCUGUAGAGACUCAAUUCAGAAUUCAGGUCAUUAGUAACACACAGGGAUGUGAUAAAGCGUUAAAGAGAGAGAGAGAGAGAGAGAGAGAGAGAGAGAGAGAGAGAGAGAAUCACAUGAUGGACAUGUUGAAGGUGUCACACAGACCCUGAGAGAACAUGUGGUGAUCUUUCUCCAGCUCAUCAGCUUUAUGAACUCCUGUUGCAGAAUCCAAUCAGAAACGUCUUUUGGUUUAUAGAUGUUAAAUGUAACGGUCACGUGUGUGUGUGUGUGUGUGUGUGUGUGUGUGUGUGUGUGUGUGUGUGUGUGUGUGUGUGUUGUUUCACUUAUUUUUAUUAAUUUUUCCAGCAUCCCACAUCCAGGUGACCUGAAAGAGAUGGUGAUGGAGAAACCGAGCCCUUUGCUCGUAGGGCGUGAGUUCGUCAGGCAGUACUACACACUCCUUAACAAAGCGCCUGAUUACCUGCACAGGUUCUACGGGAGGAACUCCUCGUAUGUUCACGGCGGUCUGGACGGCAGCGGGAAACCCGAGGAGGCCGUGUACGGUCAGGCUGAGAUCCAUAAGAAGGUGAUGUCCCUGCAGUUCAGCGAGUGUCACACAAAGAUCCGACACGUGGAUGCUCACGCCACUCUCGGGGACGGGGUGGUGGUGCAGGUGAUGGGUGAGCUCUCCAACAGGGGGCAACCCAUGAGGAGGUUCAUGCAGACAUUUGUCCUCGCUCCUGAGGGUUCUGCGGUGAACAAGUUCUAUGUUCACAAUGAUAUUUUCCGCUAUGAGGAGGAAGUGUUUGGAGAUUCCGAGGCUGAGUUGGGAGAGUCUGAGGAAGAGGAGGCAGAGGAAGAGCAGGUGGAGACCCACACUUCUCCUGAACCAGCACAGGACAGCACACCUUACUACGAACCUCCACCAGUCAGUAAUGGUGUGGAGGAGCAGCAGGAUGAGGUGGGCCCUGAGGUGGAACCAGAACCUCAGCCUGAGCCUGAGGCCAAUCAGGAGGCAGAGGCGGAGCUUAGCGCUGAGGGAGAACUUCAGCCUGAAGAGAUCGAGCCUGAUAGAGAAGAAAAGCUUCCAGAAGAGGUGGAAGAGAAACCACCGACCCCUGUAUCUGCCCCAACUCCGCCCCCUCAGACCCCUGAACCACCGAAACCGUUUUCUUGGGCCUCGGUGACCAGUAAGAAUCUGCCACCUAGCGGCACUCUGCCCACAUCUGGCAUCCCGCCUCACGUAGUAAAGGCCUCCAGUGCACCGCCCAGGGUGGAGGUAAAGCAGGAUUCCCACGCUCUGUUGCCUAGAGACCAACGACGUGAGAGACCCGGCUUCACUCCACGUGGACCUAGACCAGAUGGUGCUUCAGCUGAGGCUCAUGGAGGAAAACCUUACUUUGGCUUUAAAGGACGCGGCGACUCUGAAGGAGGCGAGGCUGAAGGGCGGAGGACGGUGCGUCACCCCGACAGUCAUCAGCUGUUUGUGGGGAAUCUUCCACACGACAUCGAUGAGGGAGAACUGAAAGAAUUCUUCAUGAGAUUCGGGACGGUGGUGGAGAUGCGCAUCAACACAAAGGGUGUAGGAGGGAAGCUGCCCAACUUUGGCUUUGUUGUGUUUGAUGACUCGGACCCUGUGCAGAGGAUCUUAGCAGCCAAGCCAAUAAUGUUCCGCGAGGAGAUUCGUCUGAACGUGGAGGAGAAAAAAACCCGUGCCGCUCGAGAGCGUGAGACCAGGGCCUCCGGAGACAGUCGCCGUGGAGACCGCGGUCCCAGGGGCAUCAUGGGAAACGGGAUGGGGCGUGACCGAGACGGGCGUGGCCCACCCCCAUCCUCUUCCAGGCCUACAAUUGGUUCUGGCCGAGGCGGCGGAGAGAGCCGAUUCGCCGGGCCACGCCGCUGAGUGGGCGGAGUCAUCCUGGACCGCGCUUGCUCUAUCCUUCUCUCUCUCUCUCUCUCUCUCUCUCUCUCUCUCUCUCUCUCUCUCUCUCUCGUCACAUCUAUGGGCCGAAAAUUUACAAAAGUGAUUUUUUUAUUUUAUUUUUUUUUUUACAUUUUUCUUUGGUUUUCUUUUUGAAAUGUGAUCAGCUUUCGACUUCCACGACGAUACAAACCACCUUUCAAUGUGAAAGAUAAAAAAAAAUGUAAAUCUCUCUCACACACACACACACACACAGACACUGUCAUUUCGGGGGGGGGAAUCAUCGCUUUCUUUUUUUUUUUGUUGUUUGUUUUUACUUUUCUUUGCAAGAUAAAGGGGGUGUGGCUUAUUUUCUGUAGAACAAAGAAAUGGAUGUGUGACAGAAAAAUGGAAACUGUCGAAUCGCACGUUUUACGAUGGACACGAACGUCACUGCGUCGGGAAAAACACAGGAGAAAAAAACGCUCACUGUAAACUUAUUUAUUUUGUUAGUUAAUUAAAAAAAAACAGUGGUGGUGCCUUAAACUGUUCUCUCGCCCAUCUCUCUCUCUCUCUCUCUCUAUCACUCUCUCCCUCUUUUCACUCUUGAUCUGUUUCAUCCUGUGAAAGACAAAAGGACUAAAACUCAUCAGGACUCGGGCAUGUGCCGAUAUUAAAAUGAAGCGAUAUUACUAUUGCGGUAUUGUUUACUGGACCCUCGGCAGCAUCUCCUCCCGGACUCGGCUUCGUCGCAGGUGAAAGGAAUUAUGGGAUUGCCUUCCGUGAGACUGUCUCAGGUGCUGCUGCCUUCACAGAUCCAAAACACGGACGUUCGAGAAGACACUGUUCCUGUUCUGCGUUUCCUAUCAGACUGACUUUAUUUUUGGGAGCCAAUGUUUAGUAUCUUUUUUAAUUGUUUUCCAUCCUCCUUUAAAUAUCGUGAUGUGAUCGGCACAUGCCUGGUCACGUGGAACAGUUCGGUCGUAAAUUAAACGUGCGCUGUUUUUUUGUUUGUUUGUUUUUUUUAAAUCCAAAAGUUCAGUUUUGAAAUACACUAAUGCUACUAUUGCUAACAGUUAAUAGCGGGUUAUAGCUACCAGAUUAGCAUCGCUGUUAGUGAUCAACCUCAAAAGAAAUCAUUUGUACAUAAUUCCAUAUUACAGACGAUUUAUUUUUUUCCCCUUAAUGUACAAGCCCCGCCCCUUACCUGAGACUAAUGUAGGAUAAAAAAAAAGGUGUUGGAAAAACAGCUAGUUUUAGAUUUUUAUUUGUUGUUUUUGUCUCUGAUAGAGAAGUGUGUCGCACUAAACUGGUAGCUAUAAGAGCGUGUAACUCGUUAGCGGGAUUAGCCUCGUAGCCCUGGUGUGUGACUUGGCUGAUCGAAUGUUUGCUGUACCUUUUGGUUGUUUUUUGGGGGGCUGAACAGUUCCUUUAGCUCGUUGCUAACAGCGCGUGUGAUGGUAAGGCAGUGUUGGCGGUACUGAUUUCUCAGAUUAGUAUUGUCUUUUCGAUAGCGUACGUGUUUUUUGAUUAUUUCUAUUAUUUUUUGUAUGAGUUUGAGAGCGGCUUGCUGAAGCAGAGCUUCUUGUUCCUCCCUGCAGUAUUCCACACUCGCGUUAUUUCCUCAUCACAGACCACUUUGCACGGCCGGCUUAUGCUCUUUUCCUUAUUUUCUCCUAUUUUGUUUUGUUUGAUACAGCAUUAUAAGAGCUAGCACUUUUUGUUUUUCGCUUCGUUUCCUCCUCCAGGCUGUAUUUCCGCUCGGGGUCGGGGGUCGAACUCCCGUUGGCUUCAGCAGGUUCCGUCUGAAUGUGUUUUCAAAUUUCAAUAAACUACUGAUUAUCUGCAAAAA